GUCUCGAAUUCUUCCUAUAAAUUAGUCUCUUUCUUUAAUCAGUGAAAAGUGAAACUACAACAACUCAAGUUCACAAACUUGUUGUCGUUGAUCAAAUUAUCUGCCAUGGAGCUCAUCACUUUCUUCCUUUGCUUCAUCAUCUUCUUGUUCAUGGUAACCAGGCUUUUCAGGAAAACUACUAAAAAGCUUCCUCCGGGCCCAACUCCAUUCCCAAUCAUAGGAAACAUUCACCAGCUCAAUGGCCCUCUUCCUCAUCGAACCAUGGCGGAUUUAGCCAAGAAAUACGGGCCCUUAAUGCAUUUACAGCUCGGCCAAGUCUCAACUCUGGUGGUCUCUUCCGCCGAGGCGGCGAAACCGUUCUUGAACGAUCACGACACCAUUUUCGCUAACAGGCCUUUUCUUCUUUCCACCUUCAUCCUGAAUUACAAGCAACAAGAUAUCGCUUUUUCCCCUUACGGGAGUUAUUGGCGGCAGAUGCGGAAAAUCGCCACCGUGGAGCUCCUCAGUGCCCGGCGGGUUCAAUCAUUCCGGUCAAUCCGUGAAGAGGAGGUCCAUAAUUUGAUCAAAUCGAUUGCGGCCCAGAACGGAUCGGUUUUCAAUUUCAGCAAAACGUUGCCUUUGGUGACUUACAGCUUCAUUGCUCAGGCUGCUUUUGGUAAAAGGAGUGAAUUCCAUGAAGAAUUUAUAGCUUUAAUGGAGGAAGUGAUCCAGUUGAUGGGAGGUUUCAGCUUGGUGGAUUUGUAUCCGAAUGUUAAAAUCCUUGAAACCAUCACCGGAGCUAGAAAUAAGCUUGAGAAGAUGAGAGUUCGGGUUGAUGCCAUUCUUCAGAGCAUUCUGGAUCACCAUAGAAACAAAAGAUCUGCAGAGGAGCCAACGAAACAGGACGGAACAGAGGAGAUGGAUUUGGUUGAUGUCCUUCUCAAUGUUCAGAAAUCUGGUGAAUUUGGAGAUCCACUUACCGAUGACAACCUCAAGGGUGUAAUUUAUGACAUUUUCACGGCUGGUGGGGAGACAUCAUCAACAACUUUACUUUGGGCAAUGUUAGAAAUGAUUAAAAAUCCAGAGGUUUUCCAAAAAGCACAAGCUGAGGUAAGAAAAGUCUUUGAUGGCCAAGGAAAUGCUGACGAGUCAAAGCUUCAUGAGCUGAAGUAUAUGGAAGCAGUGAUUAAAGAAACACUUAGGUUGCAUCCGGCAGCACCGUUGUUGCUUCCUAGAGAAAGCAGCGAGCAGUGCGAAAUCGAUGGAUACGUCAUACCCGCCAAGACCCGGGUCGUGGUCAACGCGUUCGCGAUCGCGAGAGAUCCUAAGUAUUGGGACGAACCCGAGAGAUUCAACCCUGAAAGAUUCAUGGAUUCCGACAUUGAUUUCAAGGGGAAGAACUUGUUCUACAUCCCGUUUGGUGCCGGAAGAAGAAUUUGUCCUGGAAUAUCAUUUGCUCUGCCCAACAUGGAGCUGCCACUUGCUCAGCUGUUGUAUCAUUUUGACUGGAAGCUGCCGGGUCAAAUGAAACCCGAGGAUGUUGACAUGACGGAAAUAUUCGGGUUGACCGUCGGCCCGAAGAAUGAUCUGUGCUUGAUUCCGACCACUCAUCACCUUUCCACCUUCUAUCAGAAGUAGUUGGCUAUGUUGAAUUUGCAGAAGUCACAAGACAGCAGCAGUUUUUGUAGCCACAUUUUGUUUGAAAAUUUGGCUCCGUAAUUAGACUCUCGGGUUUUCCCUUUUGACAGCUUGUUUGAUGGGAAAUUAAGGCCAAUUAUCUAGUUCUGGAAAAUGGUUUAUAAAUGUAGAAAAACUUUUUACAUAAUGUGGGAUUUGCAUACCCUCCUAGUAGAUUUUGUUUAUUUCCUUCUGUUGUAAACAAACCAUAAUGGACAUGUCCAAAACUUCAAAACACAAUAAAAAAUAUCCAUUAUCCAUUACUCUCUCCGGUCCUUAAUAUAAGACAUUUUGAUUUGUCUUAAAUUUCACUUAAUAUGUAUUUUUUUAUU